AUGCCUCACUCCUUGUUCCCGCUGUGCGUCCUGGGACUCCUUGCCCUCUCCUCCGCCUGUUACAUCCAGAACUGCCCCCGAGGAGGGAAACGAGCGCUGCCGGAGACGGGGAUCAGACAGUGCAUGUCUUGUGGCCCCAGUGACAGGGGCCGCUGCUUCGGCCCCAGUAUCUGCUGCGGGGAGGGCCUCGGCUGCCUGCUGGGCUCCGCAGAAACAGCUCACUGUGUGGAGGAGAACUACCUGCUCACCCCCUGUCAGGCAGGAGGGAGACCCUGUGGAUCUGAAGGAGGACGCUGUGCUGCUUCAGGACUCUGCUGUAGCUCAGAGAGCUGUGCGGUGGACUCUGACUGCCUGGGGGAGACCGAGGCCUCAGAUCCAGCCCACAGCUCUGCAGGGAGCUCACCUGCAGAGCUGCUGCUCCGCCUGCUGCACGUGGCCAGCAGAGGACAGACUGAGUACUGA